AUGGAAAGAGCAGACGAAGCAGAUGCAAUGCAAAAAUCAAAAAUUGAUUUUGAUGAAUUGAUAAGUGAUAUCAGUGAUAGUGAAACAGCUGAAACAAAUACAUCCGAUGAGCAACAAAGUGAUAAAGAAAGUUUCAGGCAAAUUAAUAUAAAAAUGGGUGAACGUUUAACAGAUGAUAUAAUUGAUGCAUAUUGUGAUAAAUUACAGGAAAGUGUUAAUAAAGAAGUUGAUGGAAUGCUUGCAAUGCAAUAUAUUUUAUUAGAGCCAAAUUCAAUAAAAAAUUUGAUAAAAGGUGAUAAAAAUAUCUGUCAAGUGAUCUAUGAUCAUUGCCGUGUGCAUUAUUUGGUGUUAUUCCGCAAUAAGCACAAUCCUAAACGCAUCAUUAUUUAUGAUCCCAUUGUACCGCGGCGAAAUUCCGUUCUUGAAACGUUUAAUAAUAGUGUUCGUAAGCAAAUUUUUGCAAUGUUUGGUCAUUUAUAUGAAGAUGAUGAAAUGGUUGAAAUUGCAAUUGAAACAGGUUUAAGAACACAAAAUGAUUCUUGGUCUUGUGGCUUACGAGCAGUUGCAUUCAUUACACAUUUAUUACUUGGCAUUAAUCCGGCUAAUUAUGAAUAUGAUUUGGAAAAAGUUGGAAAAUUCAUUAUGCAAAUUAUUAAAAUUGAUAGGCCUAGUCGUAAAGUAAUUGUUAAUGGACAAUUUGGCCAGUAA